AAACAAGGCAUUACGUUCGUCACUUCUCGUGCAGGAAGCUCGCGGUUUUAUGCAUGCGGUGUGUGUGAUAUUAUAUGCGGUGAAUAAAAAUGAAUAGCUCUCAUCACCCAUCAAACUUCAAGAUUUUUUUCUGAAAACACGGGCUGUCCCGAGGGAAAUUUCUUGAUUUGCUUUUCCAGGUAUCUUUUUCACUGCGCAACUACGUGAACGCCAGGUGUCUUCUUACAGUCUCCCAAAACCGUCUUCACUUGUGUGUCUUUGUCCUAUUGUUCACGACUUAAAUUCGCUCUCAAGUUACGCUCAAGAAUACUGGCUUCGCAAGUCAACAUAUCUUUCAUCGUUCGUUUUUGUACAAGGAUAAUUCGCACUUCGUGAGUCUCUUCUAUACUUUGCAAGUGUGAAAAGUAAAUCAGACAACAUCAUGGCAACGUUCGACGGUUCUGAUGACAUUAGUUCAAAUCCAGGUUACAAGUACGAUAGUAUGGACAGAGAAUAUAAGAUCUAUGUGAAUUAUUUGCCAGAAGAAUUCAACGAGGUUACUAUUAAAGAAAUCUUUGCUUCAUGUGGCAAAAUUAUUAGAAUGUUCUAUCGUGAUAAAGCUACAUGGGCUUAUAUCACAUAUGAGAGAUAUCAUGAGGCUGAACAUGCUAUAAGAAAGUUCCACAACAAAAAACCAUUAUAUUUGGAAGUUGCAUUUGCAAAAGACAAGUCUGCAUUGAACGAUGAAUUUCAACGACUUUGCAUUUCAGAAAUUGAAGAAAAACCAGAUAAGAAACCUACAUCAUACAGUAUAGGUCGUGGCAAUACAAUUAGAUAUCUUGCUUCACCAGCAAAUGUAAAAUCACAUUGGCUAAUACAAGAUAAAGAAAAAAUUCAACGUUUUCCUUUAUCUUCAGAAUCCAGUGUGUAUAGAAGUGAUGAACUUUAUGCAAACACAAAUAGAUUAUGGACAAGAGGUCUAAUAACAGUCACAGAAGAUGGUAGAAGACAUGUUACACUUGGACGAGGUUUUACAAAAUAUGAGAUACCAGAACCAGACCGUACAAUUGAAGAGUACAUUGCGAAGAUCUACAAAAGACGACAAAAUGAACCAUACGAAUGUUCGGACGAUAAAGUUAAGAAUGAAUUACAGAUAUGCAUUGUUUGUUCUGCCAAAACGACAAAACAUUGUGAAAAAUGUCUUACGUAUUAUUAUUGCAGUAAGGCCUGUCAAGUAAUUCAUUGGCCACAACAUCAAGCUGAAUGCGAACGCAUACCGGCUUUGGUAGAUGAUAAUUCACCGGCGCAGGUUAAUACGAAUGAAAGCACAAAGCUAGUCAACACUCAUAUUAACAUACCUAGCGAUGAAGUAAAGUUGCGCCGUCCUAAUACGCCGGUAACAAUAGGUUUAAAUACACAACGGAAUUUGACAAACAAGACUAAUGAAGACGCUGUGCCUAUUAACAAGCCUUCUAGUAUUCAACCCGAGGCUAACAGUAAUGUGCCUACACAGAAGAAAGCAGAUCAACCGGCGGUAGACGCGGCAAACAGAACUCAGCCAAUAUCUAACCGUUUGUACAGAUUUAAUAGUAAUGAAAGUGUUGAUCAGUCAAAGAAAAACGGUCAAUUUUCGCUACCACCCAAUCAUACUCGGCCAAGCUAUUACAAUCGCGGUUAUAAAAAUGACGCUACAGGCAAGACCACUCAUGACGGAGAAACCAAUGAAAACGACAAUGUAAGAGAUAAAUUUAACCGUGAUGAUAGAAGUUAUCUUCAGCAAAGAGAUGCGUUCCAGAACGGUAGAAGAUCGUCAUACAACCAUAGAGAUACCUCCAACAAACAAGGGCCAAGAAAGCUAUCUACGGACGCUGAGAAGACAACGGUGGUGGAGGUGGAGCGACAAUCUGAUAAUGUGAAUAAUGCGACACCGAAAGCACCGCGGGAAACUCCGAGUCCGUCGUCACCGAACACUGGGAAACUUCCAUCGAUCAAACUACCCAGCCUUCUCGACGCUAUCGAUGAUUUGCUAAUUGAACACACAGUUCCUGAGCUAGAAGUUGAGGGUGGAAUAGAAGUCGUGAGUCGUGUGGAAAAGAACGUUUACCUAGGAUCUUUGGUCCUUAAUCAGCAUACAGAGAAUAUGACUAAGGUUUUGGACGACCUGUCAGCAGUAUGCACGAAUAUGAAAGAAGCUGCAAACUACAGACCUCAAGUGGGAGAUUUGGUUUGCGGCGAAAUUAAUACUAACGUAUGGCGUCGAGGAUACGUAAUGACAUUGUCACCUGAUUUGCGUAUGAUAGUAGUGGAUCAGCCGAAAACUGUGUCAGUGACUAAAAUUGUACCGUGUCCCAAAGAGUUGCUAAAUAUUUGUACUUUCGGGGUAAUCUGCGAAGUGAACACUGAAUUGCAGGAGAAUAUAUAUAUCAUCAAUGCUGUCAUAAACAGAUAUAAUAAAAAUCAGGGUAAUUUUAAAGCAAAAUUGCUAAUUUAUAAUGAUAAUAAUGAAGUCAUAAAUAGUAUCGAAGCUUUGAUAAAGCCCUGGUCACCUACUGUGCCAAAAUCAGCCCCCGUACCUGCAACAAGAUCAGUUCCCGCUUUAGCCGAAUUAAAAAGCGGAGAUAAGGUAUGUCUCAUAAAUUACCGAAAUCACUUCACUAUGUUCGUACACUCUAUGGAUAAAGUGGAAGUAGAAUAUGCCAACAAUAUCCUACAACGUGUCGCUCAUUGUUCCCAAACAGCACCACGUCUUUCCAAGCCUCCACAUGCCGAGCAAAUGGUGAUCGCACCAUAUAACGACGGCAACAAAUACCGUGCAAUGAUCACGGAAAUUCAAGGAGACAAAGCCAAAAUAGUUUAUGUUGAUUAUGGGAAUUUUGAUGAUAUCGACGUGAAAGAACUGCAAGAGAUACCGGAUGAUUUGGCCAUUCAACGAAGUUGCGCCGCGAAAUUAACGUUGAAGGACGUUCCUCAAAAUGUGCCUUUGACCUUAGAAGUCGACUCCUACUUGCGUAUCUUGUUAGGCAAAGAGGAACUUCUCACAUGCACGUACGACAACAAAUCAGUGAAGGAUGGUGUAUACCUGACAACGAGUACCGGAGAAAGAAUUAACGACAAGAUAAAGCAGCUGCUGAUACCAGGUUGGAAAAAAGAGGAUCAUGAAGAUAAAACUUGCUAUAUGUUAAACGACAUAGAAAUAGCGAGUUUGGGAAGAGUAGGAGAUAUUGUCGAUGUAUGGGUGCUGCAUAAAGGGUAUAGUGAAAAUCUUUUAUUUAUGAGUCCUUGUGAUAUUGAUUUGAUAAAACACGUUACCGAAGUGAUGCCGGAAUUGAUGAAGGAAUAUUGCGAAAAAACAGAAUACUACAUACCCAGAAAGCAAGAACUAUGUGUGGCAUUGUAUGAAGGAGGUUGGUAUCGCGCGCUGUGUCUCGUUCCGAGAGCAUCGCAGAACACAUCAGAGAUUUGCUUCAUAGAUUACGGGAAUGUGGAGGAAGUGGAACACAAAAACGUGAGGUUGAUGCCCGAAAGUUUCAUUAAACCACAAGCAUUAGCAAAUCUCUGCGAAAUUGUCAAUUUAAUACCUGCCAACGGUAAAAGCAAUUUAGACGCCGUGAAGCAAAAAUUGUUGGAAUUGGUGCACCAUGUCACAAAGAUCAAGAUUUUGGAGUGUCCGGAGCCCGGAGAAUAUAAAGUCGAAUUACUGGAACUUCGUGCCGCAUUAAUCCAGGAAGGACUUAUAUCACCUUCAUUUUAAAGUUUUAGUUUUUAAAUAUUUAGAUUCUAUAACAGAUAUGAUGCUUUUGUUCUUUUUUUUAUUAAGUCCGCUUUGAGAAAUCUUCAAUUUGCAAGUAGAUUUCAAAUUAAAUUAAAUUUUUCUUUUUUUUACCUUGGUACGUAAUUAUUUGAAUUCGUCGAGAGGUUUUAAUGCUGAGUGUAUCCACCAAACAGCAUAUAUUCCGUUUAAGCAUUACUUUAUUUCUGUUUUUACACUUUGUAUUGCAAGAAACAUCUACCGAGUGUCAUACUCUCGAAUAUUUAUAAAAUUUGGCAUAUUUGGAAGUAACGAAAAUACAAAAAAAAGUACAUAUUUUUUUUUAUCGUUUAACAAACACUUCCACUUCUUUUGAGUUUUUUAAAUAAGUAUUGAAGAUAUAGAAAAGUUUUUUUUUUCAUAGACGAAUAUAUUAUGAGUUUUUUCUCCUGUGAAAAUGUUAUGAUUCAGAUACGUUAAACGCUUAAAAACAUUUCAGCUAUGUGAUAUCAUCGAUCAUAUGUAUAAAAAUUCUUAAAAAUAUAAACUUUCAUGAUAUAGACAUAUGUAUAUAUAUAUGUGCUGUAAAAAAAAUAUUUAAGAAUUUUUUGUAUUCAUUUGUUACAAUUACUAAAACAGCACGAACAGGACAAAAAACUCGACAGUUUUACCUCUUAACCAGUUAAGUGCGUUCGACGUGUAUACACGUCGAACCAAAUCUCUACUGCGGUGCGUUUGACGUGUAUACUCGUCGUGUAAAAUAAAAAAUUACCACUCACUAUAAAAACUCUAAAUCUCAAUAAAAUGUAAUAAGAAUAUUA